CAGAGACUGGUUCCAGUUCUGGGAUAGCAUCACACAGAGGACGGAAGCAGAGGAAGAAGCAGCAGCAGUUUCUACUCUGGUGAACUAUAAGAAAUGCUCUCCCGAUUAAGAGCAGUUGCCACUCCCUGUGUUUUGGCAUGUCGCACCGUGCACACCAAAGAAAAAGGCAAGCCUCUGAUGUUAAAUCCAAGAACAAACAAGGGCAUGGCUUUUACACUACAGGAAAGACAAAUGCUUGGGCUACAAGGGCUUUUACCUCCUAAAAUAGAGACACAAGACAUUCAAGCCUUACGCUUCCAUAAGAAUUUGGCAAAAAUGAGUGACCCCUUGGAAAAGUAUAUCUACAUAAUGGGAAUCCAAGAGCGAAAUGAAAAGUUAUUUUACAGGAUAUUACAGGAUGAUAUUGAGAGAUUAAUGCCAAUAGUUUAUACACCAACAGUAGGUUUAGCCUGUUCCCAAUAUGGACAUAUCUUUAGGAGACCAAAAGGAUUGUUUAUUUCUAUCUCAGACAGAGGUCAUAUCAGGUCAAUUGUGGACAACUGGCCAGAAACUGAUGUUAAGGCUGUUGUAGUAACUGAUGGAGAGAGAAUACUAGGUCUUGGAGAUCUGGGUGUCUAUGGAAUGGGAAUUCCUGUAGGAAAACUGUGUUUGUAUACAGCAUGUGCUGGAAUACGGCCAGAUAAAUGCCUGCCUGUGUGUAUCGACGUUGGUACUGACAAUCAAACCUUGUUAAAAGAUCCAUUUUACAUGGGCCUGUACCAAAAAAGAGACCGCUCACAGCUUUAUGAUGAUCUUAUUGAUGAGUUUAUGGAAGCCAUUACAGACAGGUAUGGCCACAACACACUUAUUCAGUUUGAAGACUUUGGGAAUCAUAAUGCUUUCCGGUUUCUAAGAAAAUACAGAGAGAAAUAUUGCACCUUCAACGAUGAUAUUCAGGCAGCCACAGAGCAUAAAGUUUUGUUUCUUGGAGCAGGAGAGGCUGCUCUUGGGAUUGCAAACCUCAUUGUUAUGGCUAUGAUGGAAAGUGGUAUUUCUGCAGAAGAGGCGUAUAAAAAAAUAUGGAUGUUUGAUAAAUAUGGUCUAUUGGUUCAGGGCCGAGAACAAAAGGUAGACGCCAAUCAAGAACCAUUUACGCACCAACCUCCAGACCAGGUGCCAAAGACCUUUGUAGAUGCAGUGAAUGUACUUCAGCCAUCAGCCAUUAUUGGAGUUGCAGGGGCUGGCCGGCUUUUUUCACAUGAUGUGAUUAAAGCAAUGGGUUCCAUCAAUGAAAGACCUAUCAUAUUUGCACUAAGUAACCCUACAGCGAAAGCGGAAUGCACUGCUGAAGAAGCUUAUACAUUAACAGAGGGGCGGUGUUUGUUUGCCAGUGGUAGUCCCUUUGAGCAUGUGGUUUUGAAAGAUGGACGAUCCUUCAGACCAGGCCAGGGAAACAAUGCCUAUAUUUUUCCAGGUGUGGCUCUGGCUGUCAUCCUCAGUGGUGUUCGGCAUAUUAGUGAUAACGUCUUCCUUGAGGCUGCAAAGGCAUUGACAGACCAGUUGACUAAUGAGGAACUUGCUCAAGGAAGGCUUUAUCCACCCAUGUCCAACAUAAAAGAAGUCUCUAUUUGCAUUGCUGUUAAAGUUAUGGAAUUUAUGUACGCAAACAACAUGGCUUUUCAUUACCCUGAACCUGCCGACAAGAGCCAAUAUAUACUAUCAAAGGUUUGGAGCUACGAGUAUGAAUCCUUCUUGCCAGAUGUGUAUGACUGGCCUGCGUCUUCGACAAAGCCAUCUAAAAUGCACUGACAUACCAAAAGAUUGCACUCCUUGUGUGCUGACUUCUACUCUGCAGGGAAUCCUUUUCAGACCAAUUUAUGAUCAUGACUUUUGCAACUUGUAACUUAUUUUCCAUCAUUUUGUUGUCUCCUAUCUACCCCCUUUUGCGUGACAGUUUCCCAUAAAAAUCUGAUAGGAGCCAUUGCCAAUACAGUUUAUCACAUGAAUAGGAUAGCUAUCCAAAGUUUAAUUUAAAUGACCAUAAUGUUGUAAUUUGAAUUUGGAGCCCUCAUCACACCAAAAACAAAAAAGGCAUUUUAGCCAUAGACAAAUGAUAAUGAACUAUAUCUCUUCAUCUCAUCAUUGCUGAUUGCCAAGAUAUUUGAUUUUGCUUUUUAAUAAAUCUUCUAUUUUCUUCACUGUCAUCACAACCAAUGAAUUGUGACACCAUAGGAAGAAUCUGUCAAGGGAAUAAGCCAGAUGUAUCCAAAUGGCAGAUUCUGUUCAAUCUGCAGAACAAAGCUACAGGUGUCCUUGCUUCAUUCAGCCUUCUGUUCUGUGGUUGUACUUUUGAAAUUCUUGGCUGUAGGGUGUCCAAUGUUGUGUGCAAUUUAAAAUUUGGAAUAAUAUUUGUACUCUACAAUUUAAUCAUUGUAUGGAAUUCAUUAACAGAAAAAACUGAAUUAGUUUGAAAAACAUGAUUCUUGGGAAGACUGCAAAUAAUCACAUCAUCGUUUUUUAUGUAAGCAAAAGAAGGUAAAUUAUUGCAGAUUAUUCUACUUUUUGGGAUGCAGUUUAUAAAUGAAGAUCCUUUAUAGAGAGCUGCAGAAGCUAUGAGUGGUUCAGUUUAGCUGCAGAACUUGGACACUAUCUGCCAAAAGAUUUUAGUUUGAUAUGUUUUCUUUUUAAGGUUCUGCUGCUUUAAGCAAACCUCUCAGCAUUGUGUUCUUCCAAAAACUUGUAUCUUUUGUUUUCACAUGAGGAGUUUGUAGAGCCAGGUGGAACAUCACUGACCAGAAAUGACUCCAAAACAGACCUAUUUGGUGCUUUGAACAAAGGUUAUUCACCCCCCUUUUUUCUGGUACUGAUAAAGCUGGAACAGUGGGUCUUGCACCAGCUGUUGAUAUGUGCAUUUCCAAUGGUUUGGCUGCUUGUUUCCUACAGACUUUGCAUAGUAGACUUCUAUUCACACUGAACAACUGGUAGUCUUGAAAGGUGUGACUUUUCUCAGGUUGUCAGUUGAUCCUUUGUUCCUCUUCGUGCCACAAAAUGUGAAUUUAAUUUCAUUUCUAUCCAGUUAUUCCAUAUAAAGUCAGAUGUUGUGGCCAGAUCAUUGCUAGAUUAGCUCUUUUUUCUUCCCUCACAGAUUCAUUCAAGUUAUCCUCCAGUUGCUUUGAAAGCCCUGAAUUUGACAUGACUAUUAUUUUUUGGAUUCCUUCUCGUUUCUCCCCAUAUACUCUCUGAGUGAAAUCCAGUGCUCCACAUUAGUAGACCCAGAAUGUGGCUAUUGUUGAUUGUCUGUGAUGUUGUUAAAACCAGAGAAAGGGUAACAUAAGAUUAGACAAAGGGGACCACGUGCUUUAUCGAUGUUUUGCUGUGUCUAGAACCAGUGGCAGAAAUCAAUAACUCUUUUGCCUGAGCUAAUAGGCUAGAAGCCAAGAUCCAGGUACAAGAGUAAACUUGGUGAGGCAAAUGUGUGCACAACAGGAUAAGUAAUCAUUCCCCCUCCCCCUUGAAGAGGAUGUAGAGCCCCCUGUCUUUUUUUAUUGCUUACUCUGUUAUGGUCCUAAAAUAAAUAGAUAGAUUGCUUUAGUCUUUUUAAGAGCAAAAGGUGAUAGGAAGAAAAGUACAAUUUGCAGGGGAUUUUAAUUAGGUGAAGAGAGACUGCUGAGAUAUUUGGAAAAAGCAAUGAUGGGAAAAUUACUUGACAAUUUACUAAGGCUUUUGAUAAAAUACAGUGUGUGGUAAUGGCUCUAAAUUCUACAUUGUGUUUUGAGAAUUAUGAGGUUUGUAAUUUAUAUAUGUAUAAAAAAGACCAACACUUGUGGUGUUUUUACAAAGAAUGCCUUUUCAUCUAUUUUUGUGAUGCUUGGUUUCUAAUGUAUUUAUACGUUAAUUUAAACGUGAAUCUUAUUCUGAGAUUGUUAUUUAUUUAGUACAGAAAAUAACUACCAGAUAUUCUGAAAACCCAAAUCUCACCAAAGGAAGAACUGAGAAUUAGUUAUUUGUAUAUAAGUGGAAUUCCUCAUUAUGCAACAAAUGUUUCCCCAUUUCUUCCAGUGAAGAUGUGAAUAUAGCAAAUCAAAAAAAAAAGCACUCCAUGUGUUGCCCGCAUGGCAUGUGUUGAAGAUGAGUCUUUUGUAACUUGGGACAGCAAUGACCUUGGAGACUGUGUGCUCAGCCAUUAUUAUACCUUGUGACUAAAUAGGAACAUACAUGGAUCCAUUUAGGGCCUUAUUUCUCAGACAAGCUGAGCAGCCACAAUUCAAAGUCAAUGGGAACUAUAGGUACCCUGCACUUGUGAAAAUCAGGCCAUUUAAGACUGAUCACAGUAGGUUACAGCCUAAGGCUGUAAGGGUAGCAGCUAAUACUGUCAACCAAAACACUGAAAAAAAUUGGCAGUGGUUUCCAAUAAAGGUGUGUGUACCUCGAUUCCUGUUUGCAUAAAACAUGUUCUAUUAUUUUCCUGCUGUAGGAGCCAAGAGCAUUUGCAUUGCUCAAAAGUGACUUGUUUUGGCAUUGACCAGCUGUGAAUAUUUUUGAAACUUCAUCUGAAAUACAAGAUGCCACUGUAAAGGAAAGGAAGAAGCAUAGCUCUCCUGCCUGAGUCUAAGUCCCUGUCUGUAUUACAUCUAUAACUGAAACAGAAGACCUAUUUAAAAUAUACAGUAAACUUCCGAUAAUCCGGCACCUUUAGGACCCAGGGGGUGCCGGAUUAUCAGAUAUACCGGACUAUUGGAAGGGGGGGGCUAUGAGGGA